AAUAACGGAUGGCGUGAGUUAGGCAUCUCUCCGAAUGUUCAGGAUGCAUGUUACGCUCCUGAAAAAAAGAUUGAAUAGUGUGACCGUUCAUUUGUUGAAAAAAAAAAAAGAAGAAAAAAAAAAAGAAAAGAAAGAAAAAAAAAGAAAUGAAUGAUGAAUAUUGUGGUCAGAAAGAUGGUAUAUAUAUAUAUGCUAGUUUGAUUUGCCGCUGGUUGCGAUAGAGCAAACACAAAAGAGAUGAUGUGCUGGCGAGGGGACGAGAGGGGAGAUAGGAAGGGAAGGAACCAUUGUGAAGGUUGGCCAGAAAAAUUGGAGGAGAGAGAGUUGACUAGGGAGGGUUUAUCGCUCGAGUUGCUCGAAAGAGAAGAGAAGGGAGAGAGGGUGCGGCCGAUACGAGAGUCCGAAUCGGCGGCGAGGGGGUGGGGGAUUCCCUGACGCCUCUCGGCGGCGUUUGGGCGAGAGAAAGGAGAGCGCGGAGGAGUUUCUUUUCGCUGGAUUCGGUGGAAUCAUGUCGCAGAACAACUGGGAAGUUCAUAAGAUUGACAGGCUGGAUGUGUAUAUUGAUGAUUAUUUCAUGAAGAGGACUUUGCAUGCAUCUGCAAACGCAUUUCAAGCGGAGGCAAAGGUAUCGUCAGAUCCUGUUGCAAUUGAUGCUUCAGGUGGGUUUCUCUUUGAAUGGUGUUUGGUUUUUUGGGAUAUUUUGAUUGCAAGAAGCCAAGAACGAAUGAAAAGCACUCAGAUGUUGCUGCAUCAUACAUACAGUCAAGCAGCUUUCUUUGUUUCAUUUAUGACCAGCCUUCCAACUACUCUUUAUCUUUUCCAUACUCAACUAAUUAAAGUUCAAGAACAUCAGCAACAGAAACAGCAGCAGUAGCAUCUUUAGCAACAGAUUCAAAUGCAACAACUUCUGCUAUAGAGGCAUCAGCAGCAACAGCAACAGCAUCAACAACAACAACAGCAACAUCAGCAGCUGCAUAGAGAAGGAGACCAUCUUUUAAGUGGGCUAGUUGCCAGUGAUCCUUCAAUGCAACAGAACACUGGAACUGCAAAUGCCUUAGCAACAAAGAUGUAUGAGGGGCGAUUGAAGUUGCCCUGAGAAAGGGAUUCUCUGAAUGAGUCAUUUAUCAAGUCUCUUGAACUCUGGGAUAUGUGUAUGAGAGCAAGACCCAUGACUCUUCCAGCUCAUGAAGGACUCAUUGCGGCCUUAGCAGUGUCGAAUGUAGCAUCUGCAAGUCAUGACAAGUUUGUUAAGCUGUGGAAGUGAAUCCUACUUGCGAGGAGCAUACGUCUGGUGCGUAGCUUGGGAGGCUAGCUCUGAUUAUGAUGAUUUGUUGUUGCGGUGUGGCCCAGCUAUGCUAGGCCUGUUUGCCGCUUAGCUACAUCUAAGUCUUUUCAUUGAAAUUGGCGCGGGUGGACCUGGUAGACAUCCAUCAUACUUUUAUUUGUUCAACAGGUCAUGGUUUUGUAUAUUGCCUUUUGUGGAUUAUAUUGAUUUAAUAGCGCUUGUUUUUCGUCAUCAUUUCUUUUUGUUGCUAGCUUUUCAUUAUUUCAUGCUUCAUUGCAUGCUGAAAUGCUUCAGAAUUGAUUACUGGUUUCACAUUGAGAACUUGCCAUUCUUUGCUGGAUCGUGUGGGUGAUUCGCCAUUCUUACUGGAUAUGCGACCUGUUUGAGAGGCAUCUGUUGAUCGUGUCUGGAUCAUGGCUUCUGUUGUUGUUUCGCGAUGAUGCUGAAAUUUAAGCAGUUUUAUUAUUCCUCAAAAUCGUGAUCGAUGAGGCAAAGGAGGGCACCGGGACGGUGGUGCAGUGUUGGGCGACCCUGCUCUGCCUCUGCUGCUGCAGGUAAGCGGAUUAGCCGCGUUGUCGGUCUGGGGCGUUGCACCAAGUUGCGAUCCGGAAGUGUCGGGCCUGUUUGUCGGCCAGAGUGCCGCAAAAACUCUUGGUUGUCGAGGUGCCCAACUUUCAAACCUGUUGUAAUUUGUUGUCAUAAGCUUUUGGGGUUGGUUUGAUUUCAUGGCAUUCACGACCAGCCAGCCUCAUAAAUUGCAUGUCCUGUCCCGCGGAAGCUCGAGGUACGCGAUCUUCAUAUUUCUUGGUGUUGCUUCUACUUUGAUGGAAAAGAAAAUGAAAUGA